CCAUUUCCUUCCCGGUUCACACGGCGGCCCCUCGCCUACCCUGUUUUUAUAUUCCAUAUAAACCCCGCCGGUCCGGUCGUCUCCGGGUCCCGCCCGGAACGAUUCCGCCACCAGCCAGACGCAACAGACAAGGCCCGUCGCGGCAGCCGAGCCGAUGGGGUCCUCCGAGGCGCCGCUGCUGCCCCCGCAGCGGGGCGGGGAGGAGGCGGGGGGAGGGGCGCUGUGCCGCUGGUGGCGGCGCGGCGGCGCGGCGGAGGGAGGGUGGUGGGCCGAGGCGACGGCGGAGGCCGGGCGGCUGGCGGCGCUGGCGGCGCCCAUGAUCGCGGUGGCGCUGCUGCAGCUCAUGAUGCAGCUCAUCUCCACCGUCAUGGUGGGGCACCUCGGGGAGGUGCCGCUCGCCGGCGCCGCCAUCAGCAACUCGCUCACCAACGUCUCGGGAUUCAGCGUCCUCAUGGGACUCGCAUGCGGAUUGGAAACUAUUUGUGGACAGGCCUACGGGGCAGAACAGUAUCACAAGCUAGCUUUAUUUACAUACAGGUCUAUAGUUGUGCUCCUUGUUGCGAGUGUGCCCAUUGCCAUUAUAUGGCUUUUCAUCCCAGACGUACUUCCUCUCAUAGGGCAGGAUCCACAAAUAGCAAGUGAGGCCGGGAGGUAUGCCUUGUGGCUUAUCCCUGGUUUAUUCGCCUACAGUGUGGCUCAAUGCCUUUCAAAGUUCCUCCAGUCUCAGAGCCUGAUUUUCCCCAUGGUUUUGAGCUCCUUGACAACGCUCACUCUCUUUAUUCCUUUGUGCUGGUUCAUGGUUUACAAAGUUGGGAUGGGUAAUGCUGGAGCUGCUUUUGCAGUCAGCGUCUGUGAUUGGGUUGAAGUCACGGUUCUUGGUCUUUAUAUUAAGUUCUCACCUUCUUGUGAGAAAACUCGUGCUGCACCCACGUGGGAAACUUUUCGAGGAAUUGGCAGUUUCAUGCGGUUGGCUGUACCUUCGACUCUUAUGAUUUGUCUUGAAUGGUGGUCAUAUGAGCUACUUGUUCUGCUUUCUGGGAUCUUACCAAAUCCAGCACUUGAAACUUCUGUGCUCUCAAUAUGCAUAUCUACAGUAGUGUUGGUGUACAAUCUCCCAUAUGGCAUUGGAACAGCUGCGAGCGUGCGUGUGUCAAAUGAGCUAGGUGCAGGGAACCCAGAUGGCGCCCGCUUAGUAGUAGUUGUCUCCUUAUCAAUUAUAAUUUGCACUGCUGUUCUGGUGAGCGUAACUCUUCUAUCGUUGCGCCAUUUCAUCGGAAUUGCUUUCAGCAACGAGGAAGAGGUUGUAAAUUAUGUCACCAGAAUGGUACCAUUGCUUUCAAUUUCAGUUCUUGUUGACAACCUCCAAGGAGUCCUUUCAGGUAUUUCUAGAGGUUGUGGAUGGCAGCAUUUAGGUGCCUAUGUCAACCUGGGCGCGUUCUAUCUUGUUGGCAUUCCUGUGGCGCUUGUUCUCGGUUUUGCAUUCCAUCUAGGAGGAGCUGGGUUCUGGAUUGGCAUGAUAGCUGGUGGAGCUAUACAGGUCACUCUCCUAUCAAUCAUUACUGCAAUGACGAAUUGGGGGAAGAUGGCUGAAAAGGCUAGGGAUAGAGUGUUUGAGGAAAAUCUUCCUACACAGGCGGAUUGAUCACAUGGAGUUAGAUAUGAAAAAAAUUCAGCACCCUAGGUAAUUUUUUUUUGUUGGGAAGAGGUUGUCAUGUUCCACGGAUAUGUAAAAAUAGCGUUAUGAGUAUGGUAUUCUUUCUCUGAAAAGAGUUGUCCAACGAAAUUAAUAAAAUUCUAGGCUAUUUUGAUUUUUUCUC